UAAUAGAUGCCACAGACCUUCUCGUCUUGACUCAUUCUUCUUCCUCUUUCAUCCUCUCUUUACAAUUCCUUGGAGUCACUUUUCCAAAGCGUCUUACCACGUUGUAAGCUUACACACCCAAGAUGGCCUCCGCUACCCGACAGUUCGCCCGCGCGGCCACUCGCGCCACUCGCAACGGCUUCGCCAUUGCUCCUAGACAGGUCAUCCGCCAGCAGGGUCGCCGAUACUAUUCUUCUGAGCCCGCGCAGAAGUCAUCUUCCGCCUGGAUGUGGUUGACCGGUGCCGCUGUCGCUGGUGGUGCUGGUUACUACUUCUACGCCAACGGCGCUUCUUCCGCUACCCCCAAGGUUUUCAACCCUACCAAGGACGACUAUCAGAAGGUUUACAACGAGAUUGCUGCUCGCCUGGAGGAGAAGGAUGACUAUGAUGACGGCAGCUACGGCCCCGUUCUCGUACGUCUCGCUUGGCACGCCAGCGGUACCUACGACAAGGAGACUGGCACUGGUGGCAGCAAUGGUGCCACCAUGCGAUUCGCCCCUGAGGCUGACCACGGCGCCAAUGCUGGUCUGGCUGCUGCCCGCACCUUCCUCGAACCCGUGAAGGAGAAGUUCCCUUGGAUCACCUACUCUGACCUCUGGAUCCUUGCUGGUGUUUGCGCUAUCCAGGAGAUGCUGGGCCCUGCCAUUCCUUACCGACCUGGUCGCUCUGAUCGUGAUGUCUCUGGUUGCACACCCGACGGACGUCUUCCCGACGCCUCAAAGCGCUCUGGACAUCUCCGAGACAUUUUCUACCGUAUGGGCUUCAACGACCAGGAAAUUGUCGCCCUCUCCGGCGCCCACGCUCUUGGCCGCUGCCACACUGACCGAUCCGGCUACGAAGGUCCCUGGACUUUCUCCCCUACCGUCCUGACCAACGACUACUUCCGCCUACUUGUCGAAGAGAAGUGGCAGUGGAAGAAGUGGAACGGCCCUGCUCAGUACGAAGACAAGUCUACCAAGUCUCUGAUGAUGCUUCCUAGCGACAUUGCCCUGAUCGAGGACAAGAAGUUCAAGCCUUGGGUCGAGAAGUACGCCAAGGAUAACGAUGCCUUCUUCAAGGACUUUUCCGACGUCGUUCUCCGACUAUUCGAGCUCGGUGUUCCUUUCGCCCAGGGCACUGAGAACCAGCGCUGGACCUUUAAGCCCACAAACCAGGAAUAAGUGGUCGAAAUACGACAGAGAGCUGCUUGAGAUGCCUUUGAAGGAAUUAUGCGACGACUGAAAUUGGUCAUCAUAUCAUCGAUGAACUUGAAGAAGAGCGAUAUCCGGAGUUUUGGUUGUGAUUAUUUGGGUGCUGGUUAAGAUCGCCAGCCUAGGUAUAGACCAUUUCAUGAGUUUUGACAACAUGAGCGUGUCAAUAGACUAAGAUGUCUACCGUCUUAUACGGCAGAGACCAAAAGAAGAAGAAAAUUUAUAGUUUUU